AUGGGCAAGUACGCCGUUGUCGUGAUUGGCCCGGCGGGGAGCGGCAAAAGUACGCUCUGUACAGUUGUGGCGGAACACUACGCGACCAAGGGCCGUUCCACGCACAUCUGUAACUUUGAUCCCGCCGCAGAGGACCUGCCGUACGACCCCUCCAUUGACAUUCGUGAGCUCAUUUCUCUGGAGGAUGCAAUGGAGGGCAAAGGCCUUGGCCCGAACGGUGGGUUGGUGUUCUGCAUGGAGUACCUACUGGGUCAGGGCGAGGUGUGGUUGUGUGACCAGCUCGGUGACCACGAAGAGGACUUUAUUAUUGUUGACAUGCCGGGACAAUUGGAGGUUCUUUCACACAUUCCUGCAGUUCCGGGUUUUGUGCGACUGCUGGAACGUUCUGGCUUCCACGUGGUUGUUCUCUUCCUCCUGGACGCGCUAGCAGCCACAGCCGAUGCGGGAAAGUUUGUCUCUGGCUGCACCUUUGCGCUCUCAUGCAUGGUGUGCUUUGAAUGCCCUUUUAUGAAUGUUCUCACAAAAUGUGAUCUUCUUCCACCAGCCAUCAGGGAGGAGGCGCUGGAUCAUUUCUGCACCUGUGACUUUGAUUACCUUAACACGAAACCUCUGCCUGAGCGCUGGCGCGAAAUGGUUCGCACUUUGGCUGCCGUCAUCUUUGACUUUAACCUUGUCACGUUUCGCCCAAUGGACAACACAGACGUGGCGUACGUGGGCAAUCUUUGUUAUUUGAUUGACGAGGCGUUGCAGGUGGUGGAUGAUGCCGAAGUGAACGAUCGGGACUUACCAGACGCUAGCGAGGCAGGGGAGGCGGUGGAAGACACCAUGGAUUGGAAACACUACUGA